AUGAAAUCGCCGCUUCACGCGACGACUCGUCACAUUCGCAACUUUUUGGCCGCCCGCUAUGACCAAGAACACCUCCGGCGGGGAGCGUUUGUCAUCGCUUUGAGCAGUUGUCUUUCGCUGGGGUCAAUCAUGCUCUUCUCGCUCUUUGCCCUGGCCCUCCAUCGUACUGUGGGUCUCACCUAUACCGAAAUCAACUUCAUUGUGUCAUUGUCUGCCGUUGGCAUGUACUUGUGCCUCCCCAUUUUGGGCUAUCUUGCUGAUAAAUAUUCGCCUGCGCUUCUCACCUUGAUAUCGAUCUGGGCGUUUUGUCCCGCAUACGCUGUCAACGCCCAUUUGGUGAAGCAGAGCAAGGACUUAUCGCCAGUUGGUGUUUUCUGUAUGGCUGCAAGCUUCUGCUUUAUUGGGUUAGCGACGUCGCUGUUGUACUUUCUGAGUUUACUCACAUGUGCCAAAAUAUACCCUAACCACAAGAGUAUGGCCAUUUCGAUGCCCGUAGCAUGUUACGGGCUUUCGUCAUUAAUCGGCUCCCAAAUAUUGAAGCUCCUGUACUUUCAUCACAAGUCUGAACUCGAUUUACACAGAGUGUUUCUGUUCUUUGCUGGCUUGUACUUUGUUGUGGGUAUCUUCAACUUCGUGGCCAACUCGAUUGUGACCAUCGAACAGGAGGUCAUUUUCGGCGAGGAAGAGCCCUUAUUGGAUACGGAGAGUCUGCACAGCUCACUCUUGGAGCCAAGGCGGUCGUUACUGAUUGAACCUGUCGAUCACCGCAAGCGCUAUAUUCGGUUCUUGCGCGAUAAGUCAGCCUGGGUGCUUUUGGCGUCGCUUGUGCUCAAUGUUGGGCCCUUAGAGAGCUUCCAAAACAACUUGGGCCUGAUAGUCGACGCUUCAAGUGAAGCCAUUGAUAUUGGUGACCAGGUUUCAUGGAUUGCAGCCCUGUCCACAGUGAUCCGACUUUUAAUUGGUGUCGUUGCGGACUGGAUUCUGAGUCCCGAAAGGAAACAUCCAGUUUGCAAAGUGUGGCUUUUACUUUGCUGCACCUUCUUGGGUGCUGCGGGCCAGCUCGCUGUUCUUUUUGCACCCAAUUUCACCACGGUGUCCGUGUUGAAUGGUCUCAGCUAUGGCGGCCUCUUCACUAUCUACCCGACUAUAGUAGCAUCUAUAUGGGGUGUUGAUAUGAUGGGCUCUACAUGGGGCUCAUUCAUGGUGGCUCCGGCUGUGGGAAGCAUAUUCUUUUCUCUCUACUAUGGACAUGAGGUCGAUCUGUGCACAAGCGAGGGCACGUGUUUGCAGGGCUACUUCCUGACUACAUCAUUAUCCUUAGUUGCAAGCAGUGUGUUUGUAUUGAUAGCAUGGCGUGGUAUGUGGUGGAAGAGAGGCCACAGAUGCUUUUAG